GAAAGGCUCGCACGUGACAGCACCGUGCAGAGACACCCAGUGAAAAAAAGGAAAUUAUUGCCAUAAAAGAUUGUAUUUUCCGGUUUCUAUGGCUGAAUUAACUAACAAAGACAAAAAUAAGUGUGUUGCUGUAAAUAUAGACCAGAAGAUCACAUCACAGAACCAACCUGCCAGCAUUUCUUCUCCUAAGGUAAAAAUCGAGUCUUCACAGCUGGAUGAGGAUGACCAAAAGAACCAGCUGAGCUCUGAGUUGGAUCAGAAGGACGAUCUCCAGACUCUGCUCAAGCAGCUGCACACAAAAGUGGAGAAUCUGUGUCUCACAGAAAGUACACAAGUUGCAGACAACACAGUGACGCGUGGCCGUGAUCGUUACAGUUUAGAGGAAGCUGAAAGAAUGAAGAGCACACAGAAGUCUCGGAGGUCAACUAGCCCUCUUCGGCAGCCCCCUGUGAAGGGAGGUACCUAUGACUCAGAGAUGAUGAGAGCACUGAGAGAGAGGGACGAGAUGCAAAGCAUGCUGGAUAAGUACGAGCGCCACCUUUCAGAGAUCCAAGCCAACGUUCGGGUGCUUACAGCCGAGCGAGACAAGAUUAAAAAUCAUUAUCAGCAGGCUCAGUUAGAGAUAGCGGGCCUUCGCCGUGAGGUGUUGAAAUCAAAGAUUUCUCAGGGAAACAAAUACAGCGCGACAGCUCAGAGUAUCCUGAAACGCCUGGAGUCCGAUAGAGAGGAGGCAACGUCCGAUCUUCAUCGCAUGAGCACAGAGAGAGACAGCCUGAGAGAGAGACUCAAGAUCUCUAAGGAAACAGCGAUUAGUGAGAGGGCUCACUUGGAGCAGAGGGUGGAAGACAUGCAGAAUGCUUUACUGACACUGGAACAGGAGCGGGCUGAACAGAAUAGCAGAGAGGCGCAGAUGAGGGAAACUAUAAUGUGUCUGGAGGAUCAGGUGAACACGCUGGGCAGAAAGCUCACUGCUGCUGAUGGGGAACUCAGCUGCCUCAAGAAUGAAUGCAGCACGCUCAGGCUUUCUAACACACAAACAGACGGUACUCUGAGUGAGACCCAGAGGCGUCUGAUUAACAGGAUUGGAGACCUGCAGCGAGUUCAAAGAAAGAAUAAACAGCUGGAUGAAAAGAACGAUGCUUUGCUGAAUGAGGUAACAGUUCUCAAGGAAGAGCUUAAUAUGCUGAAGAACACCCUUUCUGAACUGAGCCAGCACAGAGAUGCUCUACAGGAACAGCUUGAGAGAAAGAAUGACAUGCUCUCCUCUACUAACAGAGAGCUGGAUGACAAGGAAAACUCCAUCGACAAUAUGAACAUACAGAUCAGAGAUCUGGAAGCGACUCUAGAAUCUGCAAAUAAGACAGUGAGCAGCAGAGAUCGAGAUUUGGAUAUCAUGAGGAGAAAGCUGGUGGAUUCGGCAGAUGAUCUAAAUGCUGUGCUGAAGCUCAAAGACGCUACGCUGAGAGAUAAAGCAAAGCUCAGGGACGAGCUGGACCGAGUAUGUCUAGACAACAAGGCUUUGCAGUUCAAGGUAGAAGAGGCUGCUAAUGAGAUUGAAGUUUUGGAACGGAAAGUGCAAAACUAUGUGUCUGUAAUCUCCAGUAUGGAAGACCAACUGUCCUCUAAGGAACGAGAGUGUAAGGAGCUGCAAGAGUGUCAGAUGGAGCUCAAAGACUCAAGUUCAGAGAAGCGCAGACUCAAAGAGAGAGAGCUGCAAGAGUGUCGGAUGGAGCUCAAAGACUCAAGUUCAGAGAAGCGCAGACUCAAAGAGAGAGUAGAAAGUCUGGAGAGCAGCCUGCAAGAGGCUAGGAGUGCUGAGCAGAGAUGCAGUGCUGAGCUCAAACAGCUGAAAUCCACACUGCUGAAACAGGAAGAAGAGCUGCGACAGGUGCAGAGCAAGCACUCACACGCACAUCAUGACUUGGAAAAAACCCGUGAUCUCUGCGUCAGACUGGACGCUGGCAAAGAAGUGGUCCAGCAGGAGCUGGAGUCAUGUCGCACUGAGAUGGAGCUCUUGAGGAAGCAGCUAGCAAUAGAGCAAGAGAAAGAAUUACACAGACAGCUGAGCUCCCAGGAGAGGCUUGUCGAGAUCCAGCUCCUCAGGGACAAAAUCGCUGUAGCUGACAGCAAGGCGAGCACUCGGAGCCGAGAAAUUGCUCAGUUAAGGGCGCGGUCAGCACUGUUAGAGGCUGAUCUGGAGGCCACCCGGAGGCAGCUGAACAUAGAGCGUGAUGAAAGGGAACGUGCAAUGAAGGAGCUGCACAGACUUGGACUCUCCUCAUCCUUUUCCUCUCCAAUCUUGUCCUCAACACUGCGCACUCCUCCAUCCCCUGUUCGCCCUCACGCAUCCUAUUCACCCGAGCAUUUGCCUCGCACCGGUUCUGACCACCAGCCACUGAGACGCUCAUCUGACAGGAGUGUGACUUUCAGAGACAUGCUUGACUAAGCAGAUGUGGACUGUACAGCUUUGGAAGCACAUCUAUCAUACUGUGACACCACUGCAUGACUGCUUUAAUAAAGUAUUUAGCAUUUCAA